UCAUUCCAUUCUUGCGCAUGCUCACUUCCACCAAACAAGAGCGAAGAGCCACACCAGCAGCAAAAGCGAAAACAUUGGACGGCAGAGAGGAGCUGCCCCCUUCCUUUCCAGGCAGCAAAGCUCCCCCUCUUACGCCGAGUGUUUGUGAUGCCCAUCUCACCCGAACGAAGCCUCAUGCAGCCUCACUUGCAGCCACAAUUUUGUUCCUGCAGAGCGCUUAGUAGGUCGAUCUGAAACCUAAGAGGAAAGAACCAGCGGAGUCUAUCUAUCGCAAUGGACAACCUCAUAGACUUUGAGCCUACAACUCUCAACGGGGCGAGAGACAACCCUCAGGCCCAUUCAGAUUUUCCGUCCUGCAGAUUUGCUCAACAACCUGUACUCCCUGAGCCAAUCGGUCCCACCGAGUCCAGUUCACAUCACAUUCCUGAAGACGAAGAGGAAAACAUAAGUGAUGCAACAGAGUCUGCGGACAGUGAGAAUGACAUGGAUCCACCUUCAACCAUGUGGGAACUUAGACGGUCGUCAUCCUCAUCCGGUCAUAGUAAUGAUGCUGAUGCUGAGGCCUUAGAGAGGAGAGAGUUUAUGAAGAUUUAUGUGGAGAAAGUGUUUCAUGGAAGGCAGGACUUGGACCAGGAAGAGAUAGCUCGUUUUGGACAGCUAUGCACUGGCGAGAAUGGCAAAGGCAGGGAAUGGUUUGCCAAAUACGUCAGUGCACAGCGCUGCCACUCUAAAUGUGUGAGUGAAGCUACCUUUUAUCGACUGGUGCAGUCGUUUGCAGUCGUGCUUUUUGAAUGUUACCAAAUGGAUGACUACAGCCCAGCCAAAAACCUCAUGACCAUGUGCUUUACAUACUACUAUAUCGGAAAAUCCCAGCCAUCUCCUGCAGAGCUCCUUGAGCGAGGUGGUUCUCCAGCUGGACUGGACUCAUAUUUAAACAAGGCCAACUCCUGGCUCUCUGUUAAGAAAGACGCUGCCGAGCGCCUCCUCAAGAACUCAUCCAAAACUGACGUCAAAGGCUUUUUCGGAGGCUUAGAAAGCAAACUGAGAAGCUCAAUAACUCCAAAGACAGAGAAUGGUGAAAAUCCGGUUGAGACAAAACCCAAAUUAACAGUGUCAGAGGCGCCGGAGGAAAAGAAGGGAGAAAAGGUUUAUUUGUACACCCAUCUGAAGCAGCAACCUAUCUGGCAUACGUUGCGAUUUUGGAACGCUGCAUUCUUCGAUGCGGUUCAUUGUGAGCGGAAAAAGAGGUCGCCAACAACAAGGGGAACGCAAGAUGGAAAGAAAGAUCAGAGGGAGAAGUGGUGUCACAUGACCCAGGAGGAACGAGACGACAGCUCCAAAAUGGAUGAGAACAUUGCCUUUGGCCAGCUAGGGACAUUUACUCACAACAUGCUGGCAUUUGGGCUCAGUAAAAAACUCUGUGGCGAUUUUCUGAAAAAGCAGGCUGUCAUUGGAAAUCUAGAUAAAGAACAGUACAAGUUGCUAAGUGACCAUAUUGAGAAAAUGGCGAGAGAGUGAGGGUCACGACGACGUGGCGAAUUUCAAAGUCUCCGGUCUUCGCUUCACGUAAGCCACGCCUAACGAGUGUCGAGUGGAAUGGAAAACACAUUACUGUAGUGAACUGUAUCAUAGCUGUAGCAAAGCUUGUCCGUCCAUUUUGAGUGUGCUAUUCUGAACACACCCUACAUCAGCAAUAAUACGUCAUCAUCGGCUGUAAUAUUGAAAAUAUUUACCGUAUAGCAACUGUGUGUAGCCUGAAAAAUCCUAUCUGCCUCUGUGUUGCAACUGUACAGUAUACAAUGCAACAACCUCUUGUAACUGGUUUCAUCUGCCACUACCAAAUGACUGAAUAUCUUUCCCAACCCUCAUGAGCGCUCCAUAACACCGUCCAUUGACAAAAAAAAAAAAUCCAACCUUUAGAGUCGCAUUUAAAAUAGAGGAAGGUUUGGGCAAAAAAUUAAUCAUUCCAAUCAUAGAAAAAGGAAAAAGGAUAUUGAUAAGCCUGAUUAAUUAAUUAAAUCAGAGCUCUAUGGCCAGCGGGAGAUAGCAUAAAGACUGUUCAGUUCCAUGGUCUAGCUGUUACGCAACGUCUAAUUGUCUAUAUAAGUGAGGUCUGACCAUUUCAACAAUUACCGUAGUUUGCAAUUACUUGCUGAGUUAAACUGCACUGUCAUCGUCACAAUUGAAGUGCACCGUCAUCGAUCGUUGUUACGAUUCAGGAGUUUUUGGGUUGCGGGUGCCGUGCUUGGUCAAUUAUCAUCCAGAAUUGUUCCAAGCAAAUAUUUCAUAGUAUUGCUCAAUAAAUAUAUAUGGGUCUUGAGUCGCGCUGUCACUGUUUUUCGAAUCGAUUAUCGUUCCAUCGAUUAGUCGGAUACAAUUUUAUUUUGCAUUAAAGUGCAGAGGUGUCAAGUAAAAUAGGUUUAAUAAAUUCACUUAUGAACUAUGAACGGAACAAGUUCUUUUCAAAACAUUUGAACUGAACCUUGAACUGAUUUGUGUUUGUUUUUUUUAAAUGUUCAAUAAAUGCUUUUCCAAUUUCAAAAACGUAAUCAUGUAAAUAAUCGUGAUUUCAAUAUUGAACAAAAUAAUUGUGAUUCUAACCCCUAAUCGAGCAGCCCUACUAUGUAUAUAUUUUUAUUUGUGCCUUAACCUUCCAAACAAGUCUUGAUCAGUGCUGAUUUAAGAAGCGCGACCAACUAAACUUCCUCCAGUGGUGUUUUUCCAGAUGGCAGCACAAUAAGCGCUUUUAAAUGCUUGUUACAGUUGAGUGUUGCAAAUCAUUUGAUUGAGCAAAUUGUGGGCAUAUUGUCAGGCUUUAUCAAGCUCGACGUUCCGUGAAUUACUCGUCUACAGUAUAUUUGUAGGCGUACAAACAUACGUAUGUAGUGGUUGUGAUCCAUGAGGAAUAUGAAUGUCUGUCACUCUGUAGUUGAACCCACCUAUGUUAUCCGUUCUCAUUUCAAAUAUUUAUGUAUGAAUUAGUAAAUGUCCCCUUACGUGAUGUUGCACAUACAGAAUGCCCUUCAUCUUUGCCAGAUUGCACUGUUUUUAUGAGUUUAUUAUAAGUUUAUUUUCAACUGUCACUUACUGUGCGUGCUCCAAUGUUGCUACCAGGAUAUUAAUUGGGAAACCUGAUGUUAGUUUGCGUGUGCGUGCGUGCGUAAGGUUGACCUCACUAUGUGGCAGCUUCAAUUUUUUUUCAUUUUACACCUAUUUUGCUGCUGAUCAAUACUCGUGUUGAUAUGGCGUUUGAAGCAUUUAUUUGUAUAAUGUAGUCUUUAUGUGUACAGUACAUGAUAGUCUUGCCUUUGCUUUUGAUAGUUGCAUCCAGUAUCCUCCUGAAUUUACAAAUUGGUGCUGCCACUUGUAGCACUGCAAAAUGUUUUCACAGACAGGGAGGAAUUCAUUAAGAUAUCAAAAUAAGUAAGGAAUUAAAUUUAUAAUUUAACCUCAUAGAAAAGAAUACAAUGUUAAUAUUUCAGUUGACCGACAUUUGCAGCUCCUGAGUUUUCAGAAAUUCGUUCAGAUGUGCAUAUUGUUUUGUAGUUGAAUGCUUUUUUUUUUUUAUGCAUGGACAAGUCGACGUGAAAUCAAGAUGCUGUAAUAAAUGUAUUUUUGUUGA